UUGACCCACUGGCCUUUACCCGCUGCCCCACUGGCCGUUAUCCGCUGCCCCACUGGCCGUUACCCGCUGCCAAACUGGCCGUUACUCGCUGCCCCACUGGCCGUUACCCGCUGCCCCACUGGCCCUUACCCGCUGCCCCACUGGCCUUUAUCCGCUGCCCCACUGGCCUUUACCCGAUGCCCCACUGGCCUUUACCCGCUGCCCCACUGGCUCUUACCCGUUGAUCCACUGGCCGUUACCCACUGCCCCACUGGCCGAUACCCGCUGCCCCACUGGCUCUUACCCGUUGAUCCACUGGCCGUUACCCACUGCCCCACUGGCCGAUACCCGCUGCCCCACUGGCCGUUACCCGCUGCCCCACUGGCCGUUACCCGCUGCCCCACUGGCCGUUACCCCCUGCCAUACUGGCCGUUACCCGCUGCCCCACUGACCGUUACCCGCUGCCCCACUGGCCGUUACCCGCUGCCCCACUGGCCGUUACCCGCUGCCAAACUGGCCGUUACCCGCUGCCAAACUGGCCGUUACCCUCUGCCCCACUGGCCGUUACCCGCUGCCCCACUGGCCGUUACCCGCUGCCCCACUGGCCGUUACCCGCUGCCCCACUGGCCGUUACCCGCUGCCCCACUGGCCGUUACCCGCUGCCCCACUGGCCGUUACCCGCUGCCCCACUGGCCUUUACCCGAUGCCCCACUGGCCUUUACCCGCUGCCCCCCUGGCUCUUACCCGUUGAUCCACUGGCCGUUACCCACUGCCCCCCUGGCCGUUACCCGCUGCCCCACUGGCCUUUACCCGCUGCCCCACUGGCUCUUACCCGUUGAUCCACUGGCCGAUACCCACUGCCCCACUGGCCGAUACCCACUGCCCCACUGGCCGUUACCCGCUGCCCCACUGGCCGUUACCCGCUGCCCCACUGGCCUUUACCCGCUGGCCCACUGGCUCUUACCCGUUGAUCCACUGGCCGUUAGCCGGUGCCUCAUUGGCCUUUUACUCUUUUUGUAA